UACUUGCGGAGGGAAGUUGAGUUCCCGGGAGGCGGAGGCCUCGCCCGGUGCCGUCCCGGCCAGAACCCCGCGUUCCUCGCGGUCGUGACCGGACCUUUCCUCCGACCGAGGAAAGGAGCCAGACUCCGGGGUUCGAGGCCUGAGUGCCCUGUGGUGCUGUGUGUACCCGCGGGCCAUCUCUGGCUUCCUCGGCUUGACCUGAGGGUUAAAGGAGAUGGUGAAUGCAAAGCAGUCGGUGAAGGUGCACAGUGCGUGAUGGGUGAAUUCUUUUCAGAGCAACUGGGAGACGAAAGUUGGCUCUGGAGUGUGGUGAGUCAGAGGAGACCUCAGAUAGCAGGAGUCAUGGCCUCUGACCUGGACUUCUCACCUCCUGAGGUGCCUGAGCCCACGUUCCUGGAGAACCUGCUACGGUAUGGACUCUUCCUGGGGGCCAUCUUCCAGCUCAUCUGUGUGCUGGCCAUCAUCAUACCUGUUCCCAAGUCCCACGAGGCGGAGACAGAACCAUCUGAGCCCAGAAGUGGGGAAGUGAGGAAGCCCAAGGCUGCUGCUCCUUCCACAAACAAGAGGCCCAAGAAGGAGGCCAAGAAGAAGCGUUAGAAGACGAGGCUGUGGAGCCGGGUGGGAGGGGUGAGACCUUGAAGGCGGCCCUCUGGGGACUCUUCGUCCUGUUCCCGCACUCCGUCCAGGCUCCGAGAUCUGGACAAUCAUGACAGUCCCAGGUCCUAGCUGGGCAGACCACCACUUCCUCUUCCUCCUGCUUCCUUGGUGGUUUAGAGUCAAGGAGACUGAAAUACCCUGUGAGCAGAGACUGUCUGAGAAGUCUGUCACAAGUCCGGUCAGAUUAUAUUUUCUACUUACUCAUGGAGUCUGGCCUUUAGUUACCCACCUUGUGGAUUUACACUAUGUUUCAGAGCCAUUAUCUAAUGCUGACAAGCACCGCCCUCCCAUUAUUUGUGCACCGCAGACCUGCUAAUCAGUCACCUUUGUCUCCUCUGCUUGUGCAGGUGGAGCCAGGCCUCACCUGUUUUGUUUAGGACAGGACACCAUGGCCAGUAGUGCUAUGGCCUGGUCUGAAAACUGCCUGGUGUGAGAGCCAGCAGAAGACCCGGGUCAGGGUAAUGCCUGGUUCUCUUCUCGCAGAUGGAAGAGGUUUGGGUGAAUGAGUGUGUGUUUCUUGGGCCCAACUUUCUGAGUCUCUGAUAUGGGGGCCUGUCACUCUCAGACCAAAGUCUUUCCAUCCCAUCAUAGCACAUUCAAGGUGAGCCUUUUGGCUUCCACCUCUACAAUAUCCCAUGUCUCUCUUCCCUAACCCCCCAAUUCUUUCAUUCCCUGACCAGUGUGGAAAAGUCUUUGGGGGAAGUAAAUGUGAAUAAACUGGCCUGCAUGCUGAA